CAAUACACGAGAAAAUGUAUAUAACGAAGUUUAUAAAGAAAUUGAGUAGAAUAUCGUCGAGAAUGAAGUAAGUUUUAUAAUAUAUUCUUGCUUUGAAAUAUUUUGACGUCAUAGACUAUUGACCAUUUUUUUCAGACGGAUCGUUCGACUAAGGAAAUUUGAACGUACCAAGCUUAAAAAAUAGCGUAUUUUAAUAUUUUCAAGAAAUUAUCAUUUUUACUUUAUUACUUUAUCUUUGCGAAUUGAUAAAACGAUGUAAGAGCGAACCUUUUGCUAACAUUGAAAACAUUGUCGACUUUCAGUCACGGUCUUACUUUCACAUCGAGCUACGGAAAUUAUGUUACGAAAAACUAUCCCAUAUUGGGGCUGGUAAAUAUACCAAAGUUUUGUCUAAGAACCUUUCUACUAUAAUUUGCAAUGCAUAACAAACUGUUCAUCAUUUUUCUGGUCUAUGACUGUCGGUAACGAAUUCCCGCGCUUUUUAAAAUUAAAAACCUCAAUUUUUUUCAGCCAUUUUAACAUUAAGAUGAAAAUAUCGUGUUAAUAUGGGGGAAGCACUUAGUAAAUUGAUAUCAGCCGGUGGCGUGCAGGGCGGUGGUUCAGUUCUAGAUAGAGUGAUAUCACAGCCAAGCAGUGAAGAUCAUACCGUUUUGUAUAAACUUGCUGAUUAUAAAAAAGGUGGCCUCCUACUCGAGACCUAUACUAAAGGGGGGAUGGUGGCCGCAGAGAAGUUAAUAAAGGAUGAGUUCGCGGCAUACAUGUACGCCGGCGGGCGGGGCCGGGUGAUCAAUAGAGCUGAGUACCUGAGGUGGAAGUUCAGAGACCAGGAACAGGUUGUUCUACCAAUAGAAGCAUCGUUAUCUCCACACGACCCUCUCGCGAAAUGGGAGGACCACACAGCCUGCUGGCAGAUGUGCUACAGAGGGGCUCUGGGGGAGUCGCUGCUGCAUGUACUCAUCAUAUGUGAUACAAAGAUACACACAAGGUUAGCGAGAACAUUGGUAAAAUGUUUUCCGAAACUAUCUCUAGACGUCGUUGAAGGUGAAGAAUAUUUAGGAGCAAGUUCCCUGCACCUAGCUAUAGCUUAUAGUAACAACGAGUUAGUACAAGACCUGGUGGAGGCAGGGGCUGACGUCAACCAGCGAGCUAUCGGCAGUUUCUUCCUCCCCCGAGACCAGCAGCGCGUACCCCCAGCUAGACAAACAAACUACGAAGGUCUGGCUUACCUAGGAGAGUACCCCCUGGCCUGGGCAGCCUGCUGCGCCAACGAGGGAGUGUACAACCUGCUGUGUGACUCCGGAGCGGACCCUGACGCUCAAGACUCGUUUGGGAACAUGAUAUUGCAUAUGGUGGUUGUUUGUGAUAAGUUGGACAUGUUCGGCUACGCGCUUCGCCAUCCGAAAGUACCAGCCAGCAACGGGCGUAUGAACUUAGCUGGCUUCACACCUUUGACCCUGGCCUGCCAGCUGGGCCGAGCCUCGGUCUUCCGGGAGAUGUUGGAGCUCUCCGCUAAGGAGUUCUGGCGGUACUCCAACAUCACCUGCUCUGCUUACCCACUUAAUGCUCUGGAUACACUGUUACCUGAUGGACGGACUAACUGGAACUCCGCAUUAUUCAUAAUUCUGAACGGAACUAAACAGGAGCAUCUCAACAUGUUGGACGGAGGCAUCAUUCAAAGGCUGCUCGAAGAGAAAUGGAAGACCUUCGCUAGAAAUAAAUUCCUCAAACGUCUUCUCAUCCUGAUGCUGCAUCUGUUCCUCCUGUCCCUCUCCGUGUACCUCCGCCACAGCAGCGCGGAGGCCGACGCGCACCCUGACUGGGGUCUCGAGAUAACGGACGCCAGGAGUGGGGUCCGCCUAGCGAGCGAACUGGGGACUAUAGUCAGCACUCUAGCGUACAUCAUACUCCAGCAAGGAGAUGAGCUGAAGAACCAGGGACUGGUCGCGUACUUCAAGCAGUUGAUCCACGAGCCCGCGAAGUUCAUCUUCUUGAUCUCGAACCUGCUGCUGCUGGCGUGUAUCCCGGCGCGUCUGAUGCGGCAGACCAUGCUCGAGGAGGCGCUCCUCAUCUUCCUGCUGCCGGGAUGCUGGUUCCUGCUCAUGUUCUUUGCUGGCGCCGUGAAGCUGACGGGUCCCUUCGUGACGAUGAUCUACAGCAUGAUCACAGGUGACAUGUUCACCUUCGGCAUCAUCUACACCAUCGUGCUGUUCGGAUUCUCGCAGUCCUUCUACUUCUUGUAUAAAGGUUUCCCGAAUGUCCAGUCCACGCUGUUCUCGAGCUACCCAACCACAUGGAUGGCCCUGUUUCAAAUCACUCUAGGAGAUUACAGUUACACAGAUCUAAGCAUGACGACAUACCCGAACCUGUCGAAGACCGUAUUCGCGGUGUUCAUGGUGUUCGUGCCGAUCCUGUUGCUCAACAUGUUGAUCGCUAUGAUGGGCAACACUUACGCGCACGUCAUCGAACAGUCGGAGAAGGAGUGGGUUAAACAGUGGGCAAAAAUCGUGGUAUCGUUAGAACGGUCGGUAGCCCAGGAAGACGCUCACAAGUACCUGCAGGAGUACUCCAUAGGGCUCGGGCCCUCCGACGACCCGCGCUACGAGGUGCGGGCCGUCAUGGUCAUCAAGAGCAAGGCCAAGACCAGGGCCAAGCAGAGGAAGGGGGCACUUACGAAUUGGAAGCGCGUGGGCCGCGUGACGAUAGCGGAGCUGCGGCGGCGCGGCAUCAGCGGCGAGGAGCUGCGCCGCCUCAUGUGGGGGAGGGUCUCCAUCUCCACGCCCACCAAGGGGCCCGGUCGUCGUGGGGCCGCGGUAGCUCCUCCGCCCCUGACGGGCCCCGCGCCCGCUGGCAUGGCGGCUGUGACGUCACCCGCCGUGACGUCAGAGGGCGGCGGCGUGGCGCCCGCGCUCUCCUCCGCGCUCAACGUCAUGGCCUUCACUGAGUUAGACCUGCCUGGGACUACGCCAGGGACAGAACAAAAACAGCAGCAACAAGACAAAUUACUAGUCAAUGGGACUACACCACCGAUACUGCCCCAGCCAUCACCAAUAGCCCCAACCCAACCUGGUCUGCCAACAUCCAACCAACUCCACGUGCCGCCAAUAUUACCCCCCAACAAGUCCGUAUUGGAGGCCAAUAUUGGUGGGCCAAUACCUGCAACGCCAGUACCAAUAGCACCAACUGUGCCAACAUCGAUGGCACCAGUCGUGCCAAUGGGGCAGCCAAUGAUGGGAGUCCAGGGGCAAAUGUUUGGACCAGAAAUAAAUAUACAGAAACCAGGUACAGACGAAGUGUUCCGCGACUACCUGUUCGAGCUGAUCAACCUGGCGGAGGGCGCGGACGCGGACGGGGCGCAGCUGCGGUUCCUGGCCGAGAGGGCCGCCAGCCUCGACGAUGUUCCCGAGAUCGAUAUCACUGUCACUACGGCCGCGAAGUCAGCCCGGCGCGUGGUGGCGGGCGCCGUGUCGGGGCUGUUCGGCGUGGCCGCGCCCGCCAGCGCGGGGCCCGCCUGGCGCCGCGAGCGACACGACAACAGCGACAGCGACCCCGUGGCCGAGUCCGUGCUACUGGGCCGCGCGUCCCGCGCCCGCCGCGCGCGCUCCGCGUCCCGCCGCGCCGCGCCGCCGCCCCCGCACCUCUACGUGCCCGCCAGGUCUAUGUACUUGGUGGCAUCUGAAAGCAGUGCUGUGGAGAGUGAUGCUCCUUUAGAUGAACAAGCCAGCUCUGGAAACAACUCAGCAUUGGGAGAUGUGGCUCGUAUCAAGGCAGCGCGGCCCUUAUGCAUUUUGACAGCUACUGGCUUACCUGGCCCAGCGCAAGUUCAACAUUCAAUGCUUGUUGUUGGCGCCGGCAGUGGUGCUGACGUUGAGAGCGGUGCGCCUACUGAAUCCAAACAUGUGAAAACGAGGAGGCCAAAGACUGCUCGCACAAGACGGAACAGGGUAUCACCCUUACCAGUCGUUGAAACAGGGAGUCCUCUGCAGCCGUGGGCGACGGCCCCUCUGUCUCGGCUCUCGCAACUAAUUAGGACGUCGAGCGCAUCAACGGCCUCUCUCAACUCGCAUACCUCAGCGGACGAAUCAGAUCGACAGAGAUAUUGAUCGAUUUAGCUUCAAAAUACGUGAAACAUUUCACUGCCAACGACAGGAUUCACUACACUUGUAGUUUUGGUCAAUAAGUAAUCAAUAAUUUGUAUAUUUGAAUGAAGUAGCAAUUCCAAUUAUAAAUUCCUUCUGAACUCUGAAGGUUUACGCAAUUCGA